AUGAGCUAUGCAAAACAUACCAAAGCAAACCAAUGUUUAUGGUUGCAGAGUUUUACAGGCCAAGACCUAUUUGGACAAGCUCUUGAAGAUGCCUUGGAGGUGUUACAGCAACAUUCGGACAGCACCAAUAAUUAUAUGCCAGGAGAUUAUAAAAACCAUCUGACUUGCCAUCACAAUCUUUUCCAAACAAAUAUGAAUAACUUGCCUGAGUCUUUCAUUGGAGAAACAACAUAUAACUGGAAUAAUACAACAAAAUUUAUGGGAGACUUUAUCAUUAGUCUAUCUGUCUAUCAAGAGGAGAAUUACCAAGAAUGUAAACUUAUGAAACCUAUUUUGAUAAUAAAUCUUAUUGCACUCUGUGGAAGCUACGUCUCUGUUAAUAUUCCUAAAAGUUCAAAUGACACUGACUUGUAUUCUGGAGCUAGCUAUUGUACCCUGCAGACUGUUCAAGAAAAUGAAAACAUGUAUACCACAUCUCUUCAGCAAAAAAGCAACAGAGGUCGGAAAAGAUUACGACUGUUUGAGUAUAUUCUUGAGUCUCUUCAUAAUCCGGAGAUGGCAAACUGUAUCCAGUGGAUCGAUAAAGCCAACGGUGUCUUCCAGUUUAUUUCCAAAAACAAGGAGAAAUUGGCAGAACAGUGGGGGGAACGCAAAGGAAAUCGGAAAGUCAUGACCUAUCAGAAAAUGGCAAGAGCCCUGCGGAAUUAUGGGAGAACAGGAGAAAUAACUAAAAUCCGAAGGAAGCUGACCUAUCAGUUUGGUGCUGUGGUUUUGCGAAGGCUCUCUCUAGCCUGCUUUUCUGGAAAAGAUGGAAAUAUUGGUGAUCAAUUUGUUAAAGCUGAACAGGGAUGUCUAUAUGCAGCUGACUGGUUUACUUAUCAAAACUGCAUAAACCAAAAAGGCUGUGACUUACAACAGGACAGCGACCUUACAAGUUCAUUCUACUGUGAAGCUUACUAA